AUCAAAGGUCAAUUUAUUGUCUCAAAUCUGAUCCAGAAAGAGAGACCAUGCGUGUACAUAGAGCAUUAUAAUCGGUUUAAAAGUCCAAUCUGAAUAAAAAUGCUCCAUGUAAACAGCUCAAUCGGAAAAACCGAAGAAACCGAAGAAACCGAAAAAAUUCUGCCAUGUUAAACCGAUUAAUGCUGUUGACUAAUUGCUUGAGACACAAAAUGCGCUUCCUCAAACCUACGUGCGAUUUCGAAAUGCCUCCUGUUCACCUGGCAUCAGAUCUCGUAUCCGUUUAUUCCCUUGCAGAAUUUCUAGACGUAGAUUUUUACUGUGCUCUAGUAAACAAUAAAUUAAUUUGCCACAACACGGUUUUCCGUACAGCUUCCGAGUUUGUAUAAAACAGCCGUGACAUGCAUAAUCAGGGGAAUUGGAUUUCUGACGAUCCCUUCUUCUGGGGCCAUAAAUCCCUCUACCAGUCUACAGAAAACCUGUGAAUGAUCGGCGACUCAUUCCAGGUCACUGAAUGUCAGCAACCCGCUACCCACUAGUCCUCACUAAAGACCUUCAUCCACAUGCUUCUCUGAGGAUGGAGGAGUGGGAUUCAGACGCUCCUUAGAAAUGCACAACCACCAAAAAGCUCAGCUUCCCGCACCCGUUUUUUCCUCACGUCUUUCAGCGGUAGUAUGUCUACAUAUUCACACUGUUGCUUGAUUAAGAGCAACAUUUGGUAAAUAAAGUGAUCUAUCUAAUCCCAGAUUUUGGCAUUUCGUUCGACUCCGUAACAAAUGGAAGACUGGAAAAGUAUUUGCACUGUAAUUUGUGUCUGAUUGAUAUUUAUACACUGUUACAUUUUGAAUGUACUCCUGUGAUUAUUGUGUGAGAGCUGCAGAUGUGUUUAAAGCUGUUGCCCCCCUCCGUGAGCUUCAGUUUCAGAAAGGAAAAAUGUGCUACUGGUAUGAAACAUCCAUCGAGACCUCAGCUAAUUUGCACAUCUUAUAUUUUGGUUAAAGGUCAAGUGCUGGGUUUGUUGAUAUUAAUGUUAGAAACGUUAGAAAAGCGAAUUGGGACGUGAUUCAUGCAGUGCUUCAUGAUUCUUCUAUGUACAUUAUAUGUACCAAAGUAUUUAAACACAUGACCUUUCCAGCCAUGUGUAUUCUUUUCCAUAGUGUUAUGGCAAUUUUUGGAGGCACGCAAUUGUAUAACAGGCCUCUGGAUGUGGGAGCAGGAAAAUUUCCCUUCACUUGUCCUAGGAAUCCCAAACCUUUUCCAGCAUGAACAUGCCCCAGUGCAAAAGCCAGCUUCAUAAAGAUCUUCUGCUUUGAAUCCAAUUGAAGACCUUUUGGAAUGAAGUUUCAUGGUUUUAUUCUGACUUUUACUGAAGGACGCGUGCUUAAAAGGGCAACGGAGAGGAGCUGGUGGGGCCCACUCUGAACAAAAAGUCGUGUAUGAACAGAGCAUCUGUUCGUUCUUUUCGCCAUGGCGGCAAAUAAAGAGGCUCAGCGCAGGCAGAGGCGUCGAGAGCUGGAUGCUCGGAGGAGUAAACUCCGUGUGCGACUCGGCUCGUGGCCAGAUGACUGGAGUACACUGAAGGACCGACUGGGAUUCUCUCUGCACUCAGAGCUGGCUCAGUUUCUGAUCAACGCUUACUCCUGUAAAGUGUGCAGCAGAUGCUCAGGUGACGGUGAUGGAAAGGAAGGAAUCUCUGUAACUGUGGCCUCUCUGGAGCAGCUGAUCCUCCUGGUCCACAGUCACGGGCAGCAGUGUCCUCAAACCCCGAGCCUGCAGUCUGACCCACAUAGACAGGAAGUGAAGGAGAGAUUGCUGGAGGAAUUUCCUGAAACUUCCGUGUGGUCACGUGAAGCAGAAACUUGUCUUACAUACACCUGCGGAGGUGGACACACGUUCACCUGGCAUCCGAUACACACAGGGGAGGACAAUAACGGAGAGAAGCGCGAACAAGGAAGCACCGCUCCUUCAGGACAGAGGAAGAACAAGAAAAGACAGAGGAAAGGAGUGAAACGGGAGGAGGAGUGCAGGACGAGAAGCAGGAGGAGAGCAAGAGGAAGAUUGGUCUCGGAUAGAAACGAGGUGGAUCGAGUCUGCCUGUCAGCCUCAGAAGGAAACGAGGAAGAAGCUCUCUUAGAAUAUUGCAGCAAUGCGGCACAGCAUGAACAGGAAGCAGCUCCACAGGAAGGAAGCGAUGCAGCGCUUCUCGACUUGUCACCAAAGUUCAGGGAUGUUGUACAAGAUGCAGUACCAAACUCAACCACGAGGGAGCGCAAGAGGAAAGGGGAUGCUCUGCAGACGGGUGAAAGUGAGGAGUCGAGGAGGAAAACGAGAGCUUCAGAGAAAGACGAGCUCUUACAUAUGAGCAGAAGGAGGAAGAGAAAACCAGCCCCGAAGCUCCUUUUGCCCUGCCAGUUUGAUGGCUGCUGGAAAAUAUUCUCCAGCCGUCAGUACCUCAACCACCACAUGAAGUACCAGCACAUCCAGCAGAAGACCUUCACUUGUUCUGAUCCUUCUUGUGGAAAAUCGUUCAACUUUAAGAAGCACCUCAAAGAACACGAGAAGCUGCACAGUGAUCAGAGAGACUACAUCUGUGAGUUCUGUGCUCGUGCCUUCCGCACCAGCAGUAACCUGAGCAUCCAUCGCAGAAUCCACACGGGAGAGAAACCACUGCAGUGCGAGAUGUGUGGCUUCACCUGUCGUCAGAAGGCCUCUCUGAACUGGCACAUGCGUAAACACAAUGCUGAGAGCAGCUACCGGUUUGCGUGCGAGAUCUGCGGCCGGCGUUUCGAGAAGAGGGACAACGUAACCGCUCAUCGGAGUAAAAGUCACCCGGGUCACGUGACCUCUGAUUUUACUACCAUGACAACAAACUUUGACCUACAAGAGGAUGCCGUUAGAGUCAAAUCAAUAUCAAAUGCCCAAACUGUGAUUAAUGCCUGACUCUUUAUCAGCAAUACUAACAUUGGUGUUGCCUUUUAAGGCAAGUAGGCAGAGAUAAUCCCAAAUCAAAGUCCACUAAACCUAUUUUAUCCUAAAAUCAAAUUUAUUUCAACAUGUACGAGGUGGUAUAAAAAAGAGCUCGGUGUGCACGUGGUCAGAAUAGCACCAUUUACGCAGCUCCAGAUGUACACAGGACUUAUGAAGGUCAGUGCUCCCUGUGACUGUGCGUGCAGCUCUCUUGGCAUGUUACAAAAUUAGUCUCGAUACCACCUCAUACAGAAUUGUUUAUGCAACGAUUAUAAUAGGUUUAAAUAUGGCAAACCAGGACAAGACUUCACCUCCGGACUUAAAGACACCCAAAGCCCUCACUAUCUUAUUGCAAUCAACAUACCAUGGACAGCACCUCGGACAGCAUAGCGUUACAUGCUCCACCCUAAACCAACAUGCUAUUAGCUCAAUGGUUAAGGCUUUGGGUUACUGAUCAGAAGAUCAGAAGUUCAAGCUGCCACUGCUGGGCCCUUUAACAAGACCCUUAACCCUCUCUGAUUCCAGAUUUUGACUCCAGAUGUGAAGAAAGCACUUUUCUGUAAUGUACAUUUGACAAAUAAAUGCAUCUUUCUGUCUA